AUGACGGAUGUGAUAUUGCACAUAUACGAUGUGACCAACAGUGGAUCGGAGAAGACGAACACCACAAUCAUGCAGAUCAAUAAGAUCUUCAAGGACGGUAUUGGCAUCGGCGGCAUCUUUCACAGUGCUGUUCAGGUAUAUGGAGAAGAUGAAUGGUCGUUUGGCUUUUGUGAACAAGGCACGGGAGUUUUUAGUUGCCCUUCGGGAAAGAACCCAAUGUAUACUUACCGUGAAAGCAUUAUACUUGGAAGAACCAAUUUCUCAAUCUAUAAAGUGAAUCAGAUCCUUCGUGAACUUAGUAGGGAGUGGCCUGGAAGCUCUUAUGAUUUGUUGGCCAAGAACUGUAAUCACUUCUGUGAUGAGUUCUGUGAGAAGUUAGGAGUUCCAAAGCUUCCAGGUUGGGUGAACCGAUUUGCCAAUGCUGGGGAUGCUGCUGUUGAAAUAGCUGGAACCACAGCCUUACGAUUCAGACAAGCUAAAACAGAGAUUGUAUCAGCUAGCAAGGUAGCUUAUCGUUUCCUUCUAGGCGUGGGAUCCAACAAUGGUUCUACUCCUGAAUCCCCUGGAAACUCGAAUGGAGGAUCUCCUAGGGUUCAAGCAACUUGGUUCAAGAACCUCGUCACCACCGGGGCAAAACCGUCAACCAGUACUGAAGCUGACAAUCAGGUGGAUCUGGUCUCUCCGCAACAGCUCACACCAGUUCCACCACUGACUCGACAGCAGAAGUCGCGACAAGAAGAUGCAGUAGUAACACCAAUGCAGAAUGGACAUCGAGAUGAGUCUGAUAGGCUGCUGAGACACAACUCGAGGCACGACGAGAUCUGA